AUGCGACAUGUCCCGACCGAGAGCGACUCCGCCGUGGAGUUGCGUGUGCGGCUCCGCAAGAGCGCCGCAAAGCGGCUCGCCGCCGUAAACGCGGGCCGUCCGAAGAAGGCUGUGCGUGACUACGCGACGGACAGCGACAUCCGCGCCUGGACCUCAGAUCUAUUCAGGCUGGACGGCCGCGGUGUGCUCAACGUGUGGGCGCCAUUCAGCAUGGUCGCCGUCGUGACCAUCGCUUGGACACCCAUCGUCAUGCACUUUUUCGACGCCGAUUCCGAGACGUGCUCCGCGCUGUCGAAUGCGGAGGGCGCAUUCCGGCUGCAGCUCACGGCGCUCUCCUUCCUGUUGGUCUUCCGCCUCAACCGCGCCGCAACGCGUCAUUGGGAGGCUCGACAGCUGUGCGGCUGGAUGAUGAUCCACUGCCGCGACCUCGCCAUGUCGUCCGUCGCAGCGCACGCGAGCGCGCCGGGCGACUUCUCCGCCGAGACGCGAGACCGGCUGUGCGAGGUCGCGGUCGGAUUCCCCGUAGCCUUCAUGCUACACGUGUGGGGUCCUGCCCAGUCGGCUCGCCGCGCCGACCUCUUCGAGAGCAUGUGCUACAACAUCUUCGACGCGCCGACGAUGGAGUUGCUCAGCUCGGCGGCCCACCGACCCCUCGCGAUGGUCGAGCACGCGCAGGCGGUCCUCGCCUCGCAGUUUCUGUCUGGCUCGGCGCGCGACAAUGUUGCGAUGGCGCAGCUGUACGCGAGCCUGCUGCACAGCGCAAAGGGGCUCGGCCAGCCGCUCGGCGGCUGCGAGCGCAUCCAGGGCACGCCGCUGCCCUACGCCUUCGUGGUGCAUCUCCGCAGCUUCUUGCUGCUCGUGCUCUGCGGCAUCCCGGUCGUGUAUGCGUGCGACUGGCGUUGGGCGACCAUCCCGCUCUCCCUCCUGGUGGCGUUUGGGCUGCUCGGCAUCGAGGCCGCGUCCGUCGAGUGUGAGCGCCCCUUCUCGCCCACCCCCACCAAGAACGACCACGAUGUGGAGAAGUUCUGCGGCGUCCUGUCGCGCGAGGUCACGGAGAUGCUCGAGCGCGCGGCGGCGAGCACGGCGAGCGCCGAGCCACAAGGCUCUCCACGUGACUAAAUAAAUAAAUAAA